CCCUGCUAAAUGCCGAUCAACCCCAUGCGAUUCGCCCCGCCGAAGCUCUCGAGACGUCGCACUGUCUCAACAUGAAUACUCCAUGGGAGAACCACUCAACCACACUACGUUUCAAUCUCAAGAAUCGGUCAUGUCGGGUCCUCCUCGAAAGGUGCUGGUCACAGGUGCUACGGGAUUCAUUGGAGCUCAUGUUGUCGACGAACUCCUUCGCCGUGGACACGUAGUACGCGCUGCAACCAGAGACCCGGGGAAAGGCAAACUACUGAAAGAUGCAAGAUUGUAUUACGGAGAUCGGCUUCAAAUCGUCCAGAUUGCCGACUUCUCACAAGCAGUGUCCUUCAAAGAUGCGGUCAAAGAUUUGGAUGGCAUAAUCCACGUCGCUAGCCCUUUGGACUAUACUGCACAGGACAACGAGAUUCAGCUUGUUAAACCGGCCAUUGCGGGUGUCAGAGCAGUCAUGGAGGCAGCAGGUGCAAACCUAGAUGUGAAGAGAGUGGUCAUCACAUCUUCCUUCGCAUCGGUCUUAGAUGCAAAUCGCAAAAGCCCACCUCACUUCACAUAUACGGCAGCGGACUGGAACCCACUAUCAUACGAAGAGUCGAUAGCCAAAGAAACCAGUGCUGUGGUCGCAUAUAGGGGAUCGAAGAAAUUUGCCGAAUUGGAAGCCUGGGACUUUAUCAAAAGACAUAACCCAGCUUUCGACCUUGUUACUUUGUGCCCACCAAUGACAUUUGGCCCGGUAUCCCAUCCCGUCGCGAAUAUCGAUAAGUUGAACGAGUCGAACAAUACUCUCUGGAAAGUAGCCAGCGGACAGGAUCUACCUGUUGCUCGGGUACCCUUCUGGGUAGACGUUCGAGAUCUCGCUGUCGCACAUGUGGAGGCAUUGUUGAGGCCUGAAGUAGGAGGGAGUAGAUUCACGGUCGCAAGCCCGGAGAAGUUUUCAUAUAGCAAAGUCGCAGAUAUCGUGCGCGCAGAGUUUGAUUGGGGCGAAAAGAGAGUGGCGAAAGGGGAGACACAGACUAUUGACGAAAGUCAUGAUUUGGAUGGAGAGACUGCAGCGAAAGACCUGGGGUUGAGAUACCGGAGUUUUCAGGCGACGGUGAAAGAUUUCAUUAAGCAGGCUGUAGAAAUGGAGCAGAAAUGA